AUGUCAAAUUUAAGCCUUCUGACAACAUUCAUCCUCAUGGGCAUUCCUCAUUCACCAGCCCUGUACACCACCCUCUUUGGAAUCUUCUUACUGAUUUAUUUACUCACUGUGGUGGGGAAUCUCCUCAUCUUGCUAGUGAUCAGGGUGGAUUCCCACCUCCACACCCCCAUGUACUACUUCCUGGCUAACUUGUCCUUCAUUGACAUGUGUUUCUUCACUGUCGCUGUGCCCAAAAUGCUGAUGACCUUUGUUUCUCCAGGGGGCAGCGCUAUCUCCUUUCACAGCUGUGUGGUCCAGCUCUAUUCCUUCCACUUCCUGGGCAGCACUGAGUGUUUUCUCUACACAGUCAUGUCCUAUGAUCGCUACUUGGCCAUCAGUUACCUGCUUGUGUACAUCAGAAUGAUGAGUAGGACAACAUGUUCCCUCCUGGCCACUAGCACUUGGCUCAGUGGCUCUCUGCACUCUGCUGUCCAGACGAUAUUAACAUUUCAUUUGCCUUACUCUGGGCCCAAUCAGAUCCAGCACUACUUCUGUGAUGCACCACCCAUACUCAAACUGGCCUGUGAAGACACCUCUGCCAAUGAGAUGGUGAUCUUUGUCAACACUGGAGUAGUGGCCUCCAACUGUUUCCUCCUGAUAGUGCUUUCCUAUGUGUUAAUUGUCUGCUCCAUCCUAAAGAUCCACACCUCAGAGGGGAGACACCGAGCUUUCCAAACCUGUGCUUCCCAUUGCACUGUGGUCCUCUGUUUCUUUGGUCCUGGUCUUUUCAUUUAUUUAAGGCCAGGCUCCAAGGAUGCUGUGGAUGGAGUGGUGGCCAUUUUCUACACUGUGCUGACACCCCUUCUGAACCCUGUUGUGUACACCUUGAGGAACAAAGAGAUGAAGAAAGCUAUUUUUAAGCUUAAAAACAGACUUUGGAAUUCACAAUCUUAA